AUGACAAUGAUCCCUGAUCUGGGGCUCUCGCCACUGGAGGUCCACUGUGAGGACCUCAUUGCUGAUCCUGCCAAGACACUCUCAGACAUUUGCCGAUUCCUGGAUUUGGAGUGUCCUGCAGACUACCUAAAGAUGUGUGUCGACAAGACCUUCAAGACUGUCUCCGAGUCACGUCACACCGUGGACUGGGAUCCCAACACUCUACCUUUGCUCAUUAAAGAACUAAGGACAUUUCCAUUCUUCCAGAGAUACAACCUUAGUACCACAGACAUACGAUAA